AUGGCCUCCAAAAACGUUCCCGAAGAACCCAAGACACCUGGACCAUUGGAUGUCAAGUACCCCAAUGCUGGAAAGAUCCUCGAGGGGCCCAAGUUUGACAACUACUACACCCUAAGCAACGGCUGUCCUAUCGAAGACCCUCAGGUGUCUGAGAGUGUCAGCAAGCAAUGUGGAAAGAAUCGCUAUGCGUCGCAGUUGAUCCAGGACAUCAACACCAUUGAUACGAUCUCCCAUAUCACCAGGGAGCGGAUCCCGGAACGAUAUGUCCACGCGAAAGGUGCGGGUGCCUUUGGUAAAUUCAAGGUAACCAAAGAUAUCUCCGCCUACACUGAUGCCAAUUUCCUUAACAUGGUCGGGAAGACCACCCGACUCUUUGCGCGCUUUUCCACUGUUGGUGGGGAGAAGGGCUCAGCUGACACAGUUCGGGACACCAAAGGAGCUGCCUUCAAACUCUAUACAGAAGAAGGCAAUCUUGACUGGUUGCUUUUCAAUCCGGAAAUCUUUCUAAUCCGCGAUCCUGCCAAGUUCCCCUCGAUGGUGCACGCAACCAAGAAACAUCCACAGACUAAUCUAGGGAGUGCAGAUAUGUUCUGGGACUUUUUCAAUCACAAUCCGGAAGCAUACAACACGUUGAUUCGCCUCUUCACCGACGAAGGCACCCCCAAAUCCUACGCCAAUCUCAAUUACUUCAGCGUCAACACCUAUACCUUCACCAAACACGACGAAAGAAAACCAUUCCAUUUCGUCCGUAUCAAGAUAACACCUGAUCCGGCGCCUAAAGAUCCCUACUACAACAAGGAACAGGCCCUGACCGAGGCAGGCAAGGACCCGGAUAUUCUCACCCGCGAGCUCUACGAUCGGAUCUCUCAAGACACAUUUCCGAAAUGGAAAGUAUUUGCACAAAUCAUCGACCCAGCGGAGGCAAACAAUUCAGACGUGAACAUCUUCGAUGCAACCAGGGUUUUGCCGGAAACCAAAUUCAACUGGACCGAGAUUGGCGAAAUUACUCUCGACGAGCCUCCUCAGAACUUUUUCUCCCAAGUGGAACAGGCCGGUUUCAACGUCGCCAAUGUUGUCCCAGGCUGGGAUAUUUCACCUGAUCCAAUUCUUCAGAUCCGCCUGUUUGCUUACGGUGAUACUCAGAGGUACCGGCUGGGUAUAAAUAAUGACCAGCUGCCCGUGAAUCGCCCGCAAUCCUAUGUGUACUCUCCGACCCGACGAGACGGCGCCCACAAUGUGACAAAUUAUGCCGGUCAGAAGAACUACAUCAAUGGAGACGAAAACAAAAAGACGAAAUUCAGCAACAGAAGCUUUGUGGGGUGGGAGGGCAAAGUACAGCGGUUUAAGACCAAGUUUGACGACUCCGACUGGAAACAACCACAGCAAUUCUGGGAGGGCUAUGGGAAGAACAACAAACCCAACUUCGAUACAUUCGUGGGGAAUGUAACAUCUCAUUUGGGAGCAGUGGAUGAUCCAGCUAUACAGCAAUCCACUGUCGAUAAUUUCAACAAGAUCGACAAGGCUCUGGGGGAUGCUAUCAAGAAAGAGCUUGAACGCAGAAAGGUGCCAAACAACAGACACGCAACACUGCCUGGUGUUGUAGCAGGAGGCCAGGAUAAGAAAAGUUUUGUGCAACCCACCAUCCCCGACCCGGCGACGGACGUCGAUAAAAAUACCAACAAAGUACCAAAAGAAGAAAGCUAGAUUGAGCUGGACUUCUCUUCAUGCGGUUGCUUUUAUUUUGCUCUCUCUCUCUCCCCUCUCUUUGGUGCAAGGCAGGCAAGACAAUUUUCUAUGUACAUAAGAGAGCCAGACAGGAUCCAAUGAAUGCUAUAGGAAUGGUUUUUAUUUUUUAUACAUUUUAAACAAUAAGUUAGUUAAAUGUUUCUCUAAUAUAAGGGAACAGCCAACUAUACUCAAUUUACUGAUGUGACGGUUAGCAGGCGGCCGAAAAGGGCUACUUCGGCGGCCGUUUUAGGAGUCCUGCUAACCAACUCCUGUCUUGGCAUCAGGUAAGCGUAUUCCCAUGUGUCGGAAUCCAUAGCUCGGAGAUGGACUAUCUAAAUUGCCGAUUGUUUUGUAUUAGUCAGCUUGCCCCCCAUAAAUUGCCAGAUAGGGGCUAUACAGUAAUUCAGACCUCUUUUGCGAUUCCAUUGGUUGAGC